GCGCAUGCGCAGCUCGGUCCUGUCUGAACAUGGAGACGCCACGGCGCAUGCGCAGCUCGGUCUGUCUGAAUAAUGGCUCUGGGCUUUAAGAACAAACCUCUAUGUUAAGGAAAUGAACACUGCUUCACACUGUUGGCACCAAAUAAAACAGUCAAAGUAAAACUUGUCUUGUUUUCGGCAGUUAAAGUGGCUGUGUUAAAGCUAACUGUUAGCCGCACAAUGCCUCGGACGCUCAUUCACUCUUCUUCUGUUUUUCUCUCAAAUCUUUGCCGAGAUGAGAUUUCUGCGCAGGAUUUUGUCUGCUGGACUUGGACCUUUUGCUGCCACAUUUUAUUCGCCAUGGCAGUGUCUGGGGGCCCCAGACCCACACAUUAGCAUGCUAACACGGCUAGCUAGCUGCUGUGGAUGCUAAUCUGCUAAAGAACAGGAUACUGUCUAAAGAAGCAGACAACAAGGUGCCUAAAACAUGGAUCAAUCCUCAGUGACAGAUGAAAUAUCUGCUGACAGUACUGACCAAGCUCAAGCUCUGGACAUUUCAAACCCCAAAUGGACCACAAGUGUCCUCCCUGAAGAUCACAGUGAUGGGAGCCACGGAGCUGAGACUUUACACUGUCAUGAUGACAGUGGAGGUGUUUUUACUGAGGACGACCACUUUGCACUCAGCAACGACGGCAUGUCCGAGUUCUCAAAUAGUGACAUCUCGCUGCCAGAAGUCUGUAUUUCUUCAAACACCAAUUCUGUUAAAGAAGAAAUUAACUAUGAGGUCCAGCAAGCCUAUAGAAUAUUCAGUGAAUUCCUCACAGAGAAACACAAAGUCAUGACCAGCCCAUUCUGGAAUCCAACAGUAAAUCAGGACGAGGAAACACAAUGUGGCUCAGGAGGGGUCUGUAACAGGUACCCGGUUAAUGUCAGACAGUCCAUGUGCCUACACAGAAUGGAAGAAAAGUUUAUCCAUCAAGAAUAUGAGACCAUUACAGAGUUUGUCGCGGACUUCAGACUAAUGUUGGAGAACUGUUAUCGCUACCAUGGCGUUGAUCAUUGGCUGUCGAAACAGGCACAGAAAUUGGAAAUAAUGCUAGAGCAAAAGUUAACACUACUUUCCAGGAAAUUGCGUGAAAAAACAACUCUUGUUGUGACGUCAAAAGGACGGUUUGGUGUUGGAGAGGAACCAGCGUCCUCAUCGUCCACGAGGCGGAGACACACUCGGAGUAUAAAAACACUGACAGUCGGUGGACAUGAGUCUAUUAUGGUACAAACUUUGAGGGUGGAAGAGCAGCAAAGGGCCAGGGAAGAGAAAAAACAGCGUGAACUUGAGAAGAAAGAGGCAGAAGAAAUAUCAGCCAAAGAGAUGGAUGAGUGGGAGCAGAACUUGUUGUCUCAGGCUUUCCCUCACAAUGUGGAGACACUUUGGGAGCUGCCAGCGAUUGGACACUUUCUCUGUUUGGCUCAGAGUGCACUUAACCUCCCGGAGAUCGUCUUUUUUGAGCUGGAGCGGUGUCUCCUGAUGCCUCGCUGCAGCAUUCUCUUGUCCAAAAUUAUGUCUUCCUUGCUUUGUCAACCACAGAGGAGGUCCACUUUGCACCGUCGCCCAGUUCUGCCAUACAGACGCUGGGAGUCCGAGCUCAGGCAAAGGGUUAGGACUUGGUUUCAGUCUGUGGGUUCGUCUCAUGAUCAGACGGCUCGCGCUGAGCACCUUGGUUUGUGCCAUCAGUUUUUUAGUGUCCUUGGAAAAAGCAGCCCUUUGGAGGCUAAAGCCUUUCACAUGCUGCCCUUUUACCAGCGUGUUUGGCUUCUCAAGGGCUUGUGUGACCAUGUGUAUGAAACACAGAGGGAUAUACAAAUGGCUGUUCUGGCCCAGCCCAUUCAUGAAUGUAGGGAGUCCAUUUUGGGUUAUGACAGCAAAGAGAAUGCCUAUAUACACUUUCCACACUUUUGUGGAGCAGAUCUGAGGAUUUACCGUCAAAGUCCCAGUGCACCCCCAAACUUUCCCUUUCCUUCAGUUUUGGUGGAAAAGGUUGAAUUACUGCACAGAUUAGAGGAAGAGAUGCCUUCUGUCACUAAAAGCAGUAGUGACGUUUAUAGGGACAGUUUUGAUGAUAAAACAGUUAAAGAGGAACUGUACAAAACAUAUAAAGUAGAAACUAUUGAAUCAGAUGUGGACAGAUGCCGUUCUUGGCGACCAAAACCAAGGGAGCACAUUCAAAUAUCAAACGACGAAGACUCUGGUGAUGAAUGUAAAGUGGAGCCACACACUAACUCUUCACCAAUUAAAGGACUUAUUAGAAAACACAUUUUAACAGAGGAAAAAUCUGAGUUUGAUCUUAAAUCUAAAAGACUAAAGAAUGAAAUGGGCAGUUUGUGUCCAUUACAAAGAAGUGAGUCCACGCACAAGCUUUGUCUCAGUGAUGAGGAACACUGCUAUACAGGAAGGUCACCCACAGGCUCCGUAACCGGGUCCCCAUUACGAAAACUAAGUAUUGAAACAAGUGCUGUACUAGGAGACCAAAGACAACGUUGCUGUAAAAACAGAAACAGUCCUGUGAAGAUUGAGCCGUGUCAAAGCUGCUGUGGAUCCUCAGAGCUCCACAGAACGCAGAUGUCCACAGAACACACUCGAACGUUUUGUGAGAAGGACGUGAAUGACAAAAUCUCGACAAAGAACAAAAAGUGGAGAAAAAAGAAGGAACGAGAACUGCUUUCACGCGUAAAACCUGAGCAGAGGCAGCCAGUAGACAGGAGGCGCUGUCGUGCUAAAACUCCCAAGCCUUCAGAGUCAAACACUGCUAUCAAGAGGAAAAACAAGAAGAGAAAACGCGCAGAAAGUAAAGCUCCUACUCUCUCCAAGAAAAUAAACGAGCCACAUCCUGGACCAUCUUUUAAGUUGAUAUGCACCAACCUCGAUGAUUUACGAGAGUUAAUUAAUAAGACCGAGGAUGAGCUUGACGAUCUAGAGAGCACAAAGAGGAAAAUGAGUCUGUGGUACGGCAGACGAGAAUCAGUCAAAGAUCUUCACAGCACAUUGAUCAGAUUACUGAAUGAGCUCACUCCCUGGGAACCGAAACUAAUCAAAGCACAUCAACGAAACAGGCUACGUUUAAAGAAGGAAUUUGAGGUCUUCAGAAGUCAUCCAGAUUAUAGCAACUUUGUGCGUGAGGAGUCCAUGUCUUCUUCUUCAUCAUCGUCAUCAUCAGAUAAUGAAGGAGAACUGGGUUUGCUGUUUGAACAAUGCCAUCAAUCAGGACAUGUAGAUCCAGAACACGUACUUCCCCGGGGACUUGGAGGAACUGUAAAGGAUUUGUCCACUGAGCCGUCUGCAGAUGUUCCUGUGACUCACAAAAGUCAUAAUUGCCCAAAGCAGCUUCUGUCUGGCAACUUGGAUUACUCCCUUAAGAAUACAAAUAGAUCUGAGCUAAAUCAUCAAUCCAGUGAUUCCUUCUCUUCUCAGAAACAAACCAUUCCAUUGUCAAAACCGAGUGUCCUCCAUUCUGUAAGUGGACAACCCAAAAGCUACACACCCAUCCCGACCCUACUGGCCAAAAGUGUUGGGAACAAAGUGACUUUAAUGAAACAGCCGGCUGAUCAUCUAGAAAUCGACAGUAAAGGAACUGUGGUCUCCACUGGAGACACCAAUCUGUCCAAGUUGAACUGUUCAUCUGGUCCUCCGCAGAAUUCUUCACAAAAACAAGUCUCUUACACUGUUCAUAAAGAACAGAAUCCUCUUGUUGGCACCUCCAGCUCAAAUCUGAAAUGUAAAGAAAUGGAACCACAGCAAGUUGUAUUUCUGAAUCCGAAUAUCCUCCACAGUACAGAUAAAGAAGUGACUUUAUCACAGCAGCAGUCUAAAGACAUCAUUUCAAGUGAAAUAGAUUCUACGUUAUGCACAUCUACCAAUGUGGCUGGUUUUACCAUUCCUGAAAGUGGAACCCUUGUUCAGCAAGUGCCUCCCUCAAAAAAUACUGGACUGACAGAGGCCAGUGUUUGUUCCAGUAAUAUUCACAGUUUCUUCAGGUCACAACCGAGUGCAAUUAGUAAUGCAAGGUCCAAAGUGACACAGCAUUGUGAUGUUCAGCCUAGUGCACCUCAGUGUUCCCUUCAUGAUAUCACUGCUCCUUUGAGUAUUUCAAAGUCUACAGACUCUAAACAAGAACUGAAGACUGUGUGUAUCAGAGAAUCACAGUCAAUCCUUGUCACAACCAGAGGAGGCAACACAGGGAUUGUCAAAGUACAAAAAUCUACAGAUCACACUGUUGGUUUUUCCAAAGGUCCAGUCAUAACAAUUUCACCUCAGUUCCAAGCCUUACUUGUUUCCAAAACGUCCUCUGUUUUUUCUCCUAAUACUGGUCAGUCUGGCUCAGUAUCAACAGCAAGUACUGGGCCAACAGUCCAAACAGGUCCUGAAACACCCAGUGUCUCCCUCAAUCAAGAAGUGAGCAAGUAUUCAAGUACUACAAAGACUCAAGGACUCACUGGUUCAAGUGUCUACACAUCCACAUCAAACUGUGGCAAAACUGCAGUGUCAUGUCCUCUGACUGUGGUGAAAAAUGCCAACCCAGCACUCAGUAACUUUAUUACACCCCCCAGUCUGACAGCAGCAGAGCUCAUCAACCAGCCUCGUCUCAAUCAAACACAUGCAGAUAAUGGAUCACAUGUUGCCAAAUUCAUUUUAAUCAGCCCGCCUUCUGCCCAGGAUGUCAAAGUUUCUUGCACCAAAACACUUCCCACUUCGUCCAUGUUUCUAAACCAGCAAACCACUACAGCAAAGUCACCUCUGAUCCCUGUACAAUGUGCCAACACGAAGCAGCCUACGGUAGGAGCAACACAAGCCAUGACUUCAUCAGCUUCAUCCUCUCCACUGGGUGUCCAGACGAGCUCUGUCAACUCUGUCUCCGUCCCCAAGGACAAGGGUUCUUUUCUAUUUUCAGGAACCUCUACAGAUCCUGUCAAGUUCCCGUGCGUGAUUGCCACCACCAUCCCACAGAACACACAAUCAUCAACCAAAUGCUGCGAUACAAAAGAAGUAGUAACAACUACAGCACAAACUGUCUUCACAAAUUCAAAUGGAAUUUCCACUUCUCCUGCUCCUGCCACAUCACGUUCAAGCUUAAAGCACCUGGGCUUUUCUUCCAUAACUGUGAAUUCUCAACCAAGAAAUGUAACUUGUCCUAGCACCAAGUCUUUGUCAGCAGAUAUUUCUAAGAACUUAAUGUGGUCCAGCAACUCAAAAGUUCAUCCCACAACAUCGCAAACCACCCCAAGUCCAAUCUCAGCUCUGAGCCUAAAACACAAGCCUCUAAAAAACCUGUCUGUGUCAAAUGCAACUGGACAUUUCGACAAAACCUCUUUAUCGCCACCACUUUGUUUCCCUAGACCUGAAGAUUCUUCUGACAUGCCCAGAUCGACUGAAGUCCCUGAUAUUGCCAAAGGUUUAUUAACUAAACCUACAACUACGUCAUCACAAACAUCUCUUACAAACUCAGUCCAAAGGCAAAUAGUUAUCAACACUUCAACGCGCCUAGCAGGCGGGACACGUAUUGUUCUAAAUAAUGCUCAUUUUGUGGUCCCACCCCAAGGUUUAGGUCCAGGCAGCCACGUUCUUGUCAUUUCAGGUCAUGCACCACAAGUGCCUGGUUCAAGUGUUAAAACAGAAGAGACUGUACCACUUCAAGGAGUAAACAAAGGCCAGGUGCUGCUCCAGCCCUCAGCCAGGCUGCCUGGUUUACCAGCUAUUAGAUCUUCUUAUGUAGCAUGCACACCAGCUGUUUCCUGCGCAGGACAAGCUCCUAGUCCCAUAAUCACAGCACCCAGAAUACACAGCCCAAACAAUGCAGUGGUAGUUAAUCAAAUUGACACAGCAGCAAAUUCUCCAUUUUUGCAGACUGCUAACACUGGAAGACCAACAGAAGGAGCCUCCAUAGUGUCCACUUUUCCAAGUCUACUGCCCGUGGUUUCCUCUGUGUUGACCAGUGCGUCUGCUGUCGGCUCAUCCUUCAGAUCUGAAUGUUUGACGACCUCUACGGCUUCAGUGGGCCUCUCUUUGCCCAAUUUACCACCACCGGUAUUAUCAUCUGCUGUUUUUAUCCAACCGAUUAAAACCGAUCCUGCACAUCUGCUCAGAGCUGCGUCCACUCCGUGCUCACAGGGUUUGCCGUCUCCCGCUCAGAUGAAUAAAGGUCUGUCCAUAUCCGUAGCUUCACCAGUCCCAUCCCAGCAUCAAACCAUAAGAGUUGCAUCCAUUUCUAGCUCUACGUCGACUGCUUUAAUGCACAUGGGACUCGGCAGCUUAGCAGUUAAAAAACAAGAACAUACAGCGGCACAUCCAGUCUCAACGAUUGCACAAACUCACAGCGUCCCACCAGCUGCGAGCCCAGGGACACGGACGCUGCCAUGUUCUGGAGGGAAUGUGAAAGGUGAAUCGAACAGCGGCACAUGUGACACUGCAGCUCGCUCACUCCCUCACAGGAAAAGUCCCACUCACUGUCCUGUCAUUGUGACCAAUCCGGCAAUGGAAAAGCACUUAGAGCAGACUUCAUUCUUAGAGAUGCACUGUCCCGUAACGUCGGAGCUGCUGAUUAGCCCUGAUGCCUCUGUUUUGAGUUCAGGUCAGUGCAAGGCCACGUCCACUUUGCCAGAAACGCCAUCUGGACUCUUGAUUUCAGCUGCUGCACUUCAGACUGAGGAUUUGCCGUCACAACCUUCACAGAUGGACUCUAAAUUUGACAAUUAAAUGAUCUGCUGAUGCACCUUAUACUUACCAGGAGUGCCACGCUUUCUGCUUUCAAUUUUUAUAGGUCAGCAAAGUACAAACGUCAGUGGACUGAUGUGAACGACGGCGGACUGGAGACUGUGUUUUAUACUGCGUUUAAUGUAGCUUUUGGAAUUGAAUGUUAAGACUUUUUGUGAUUAUUUUAAGGCCACAAUUCCUGUACAUUUUAAUCAUGAUCACACUGUCCUUCGUGGUCCUUAAUCGUAGAUCAGACACGCUGCUUCAGAUUUGUAGAUCUUCUAAUGUACAUUGUUCCUCUAUUUACUGUGAGACACUUCAUAGAUUGAAACAGUCAGGUCAGUUUGUACUACAAUGCAAUUAAAUGGUUUCAUUUAUUUAUUUUAUUAUAUGUAUUUUAGGAAUAUUUGGUACAUUUUCAUUGGACAAAGGCGAAAUGGAAAUGUGCAUCAAAAUAAAACACUGCUACUGUCUCUAAA